AUGAAGUUAAGUAUUCUGCUGUCUUCAGAUCCACUGCUGCACGUCCUGUCCUUCCUGGGCUUCAGAGACCUGAUCCAUUGCAGUUUUGUCAGCAGGAGGCUGAACGAGCUGUCCAAACACAACCCGCUGUGGAAACGCCUCUGCUCCAAACACUGGCUGCUGACCGAUGCGGAUCGGCUGCAGAGCGGGGUGUCCUGGUACCUCCUCUUCCAGCAGAACUACAGAGACCUGGGUCGAUACCUGCAGCAAUACGCUCCGCUGAAGAGGUCCUGGGAGCAGCUGAAGAGCUUCCUGCUGCAGAAAUGUCCCCGCAUGAUCGCAUCACUCAAAGAGGGCGCCACAGAGACGGAGCUAAACGACAUCGAGGCUCAGAUCGACUGCCGACUCCCCGAUGAUUACCGCUGCUCGUACUGGAUCCACAACGGACAGAAGCUGGUAAUCCCCGGGCUGAUGGGCAGCAUGUCCCUUUCGAACCACUACCGCUCAGAGGUGCUGCUGGACGUGGAGACAGCGGCGGGGGGGUUCCAGCAGAGGAAGGGGAUGCAGCGCUGCCUCCCGCUAACCUUCUGCUUCCACACCGGCCUCAGCCAGUACAUGGCGCUGCAGCCGGCCGAGGGGCGCCGGAAGUUCGAAAGCUUCUACCCCUGCCCCGACCAGACGGCUCAGGACCCUUCGGCCAUCGACAUGUUCAUCACAGGGUCCUGUUUCCUGGAGUGGUUCACGGCAUACGUCAACAAGGUGGUCACGGGAGAGUAUCCCAUCAUCAGGGACCAGAUCUUCAGGUACGUGCACGAUAAGAGCUGCGUGGCGACGAGAGAAAUUACAGUCUCCGUCUCCACCUCCUUCCUGCCCGAACUCUCCUCCGUGCACCCCCCACACUUCUUCUUCACCUACCGCAUAAGGAUAGAGAUGUCCAGCAGUGCGUCUCCGGAAGCUUCUUGUCAGCUGGAUAGCCGUUACUGGAAGAUCACCACGUCAGACGGGAAAGUGGAGGGGGUUCAGGGACCCGGCGUGGUCGGAGAGUUCCCCAUCAUGACUCCGGGGAAGGUGCACGAGUACGCCAGCUGCACCACCUUCUCCACGCCCUCUGAGUACAUGGAGGGAUUCUACGCCUUCCACAGGCUCGCCAACAAGGAGGAGGUUUUUGACGUGGAGAUCCCUCGCUUCCACAUGGUCUGCCCCCCCUUCAGAGAGCCUGUGGUCCGGACGCAGAAAGCAUCGAGUCGGCGCAUCGAUGACCCGGACGACGAUGGAGAGUUGUUCGACGGAGACGGCGACGACUUCGGAGACCUGCGAGGGAUCAACAUGGCCGCUCUGGAGGGGGCGUUGUGUCCACGCCACAUCUGACCCUCACCUGUCUGCAGCAGCAGGUCAUUCUGGGAAAAGGUAACCAGAGACUCCACUUCCUGCUGCCAGACGGGACAAAAUAAUGUGAACGACGUGGCGCCGUUUACAGAAACACUUCCUGUUUCUCUCGUGGAUAAACUGGGACUAAGAGGGGAAGUCGAGCCUCGGCUCUGACGGGGCGUUGGGCGGGAAGCGGAUGUUCUUGCUGCAGGUUUGCGGUGCUUCUCCGGUCAGCUGUUUAAAUUAUUGAAAUCAUCGCCACUGCAGGAGCAGCGUCACCAUCAGGGUUUAGCAAGAGCGUGACAUCUUUACAGGACACUCUUCAAACACAGGGGAACAUUUUAUUUUGAAAAUGUGAUUUUUCUGCGUUAAAAAAAAAAUAUAUAUUUUCAAAAUAAAACACUGGGCAAUUCCGGGCAAAUUCUCAGACUUUGGAUUGUCUUCAUAUAUUCAGAAAGCGGUUUUCCACUCGAUCAAGUUUGCAUUUUAUAUAGAUGUGUAUAUAUUCAGCAUUUUCACUCAGACUUUUUUGAGCUUUUCGGCAUU